GUAAAAUCAACCAAUGACAUUUGUGCGUAGCACUUGAAGGCUUAACGACUUUAGACGUUACUGUAGACGUGUGAAGCGCUAGUGUUUAUUGGUUUUACAUAUUUCUGUCAAUAGUUUUACAAUGACAUCGUGCCCGUUUUUGCGUAAAUUGUCUCCUACUGUGAUUCAAAGAGAUAUUCAACAGUUGAUCCAAUUAAUACCAAGAUGUCCGUUUGCUAGGCGUUUGUUUGAUGGAACACCACUUUCCAGUCCUAGAAUGUAUUCAGAUGUCGCUAUGGAGCGUCAGUCAGAUGAAUCAUCAGUUUGUAAGAAUGUCUCAGAGUGCUUAUUGAAAAAAUGUCCUUUUACGGUCAAUUCAUAUGAGUCAACAUGUUCAAAUGAUUAUCUGUGCGCCCAAACCUCUAAUAAUCACGAAAACGAGAUGUAUCAAAACCAGUUAUGUGGGAUUUCUGAUGACAUAUGUAUUCCAAACACGUGCGCCUUAUUCGCUGGUUGGCAAAAGAGUAUAGUUGCGAGAAAAAGUCUUCAGCCAACAACAGACAUAACGAUAAAGAACGCUGAUCCAGAACAUUCUCAAACAAUCGAUUCGGUGCGUAAUGAUGGUGAUAGCUGCCUAGGUUUCAAUUAUAAUAAGUUUUUCGUGUCUGAAGUAGAAAGAAAAAAAAGAGAUUCUACUUAUCGAGUAUUUAGGAGAAUUUUAAGAGACGCAUCUGAAUUUCCGUUUGCAGAUGAUUAUUCUAGUGGUAUGAAACGUCGUGUAGCUGUCUGGUGUUCCAACGAUUAUUUGGGAAUGAGUUGGCAUCCUAAAGUUCAAGAAGCUGCCAUUUCUACCAUACGUAAACAUGGUGUUGGUUCAGGUGGAACACGUAAUAUAUCUGGUAACUCAUUGUUACAUGAAUCAUUAGAAGCUGAAUUGUCAGAUCUUCAUGGAAAACCUGCAGCUUUAAUAUUUACAAGUUGUUACGUAGCUAAUGAAGCUGUAUUACAUACUUUAGGAACUCGUAUACCGGAAUUAACAAUAAUCUCUGAUGCUGGUAAUCAUGCAUCAAUGAUACAUGGGAUUCGAACUAGUCGUUGUCCAAAAAUUAUCUAUAGACAUAAUGAUGUGAAACACUUAACUUCGUUACUUGCAAAUAUACCUAAGGAUUCGCCGAAACUAAUUGCUUUUGAAACAGUCCAUUCAAUGUCAGGUGAUGUUUGCCCAUUGAAGAAUUUAUUAGAUGUUGCUGAAGCUAAUAAGGCACUCUCAUUUGUUGAUGAAGUUCACGCUGUUGGUUUAUACGGUGCACAUGGAGCUGGAGUUGCUGAACGUGAUGGUCAGAUGCAUAGGAUAGAUGCAAUUACGGGUACACUUGGAAAGGCUUUUGCUAGUAUCGGAGGCUAUUUAGCAGGAAGUUCUGAACUAGUUGAUAUGAUCCGAUCUUAUGCUUCUGGAUUUAUAUUUACUACUUCACUACCACCACAUUCCUUGGCUGCUGCCCAAACAAGUAUUCAAAUUUUGAAAUCUUCUGAAGGAAAAGAACUUCGUGCAGAACACCAAAAACGAGUAUCUAUCGUACGCCAAAGUCUCCGUCAAGCAGGAUUGCCUGUGAUUGAAGCGCCGUCACAUAUUAUUCCGCUACAUGUCGGUGAAGCGAAACUAUGUACGAAAAUAUCAGAAGAACUGUUAUCCGAACAUAAUAUAUAUGUGCAAUCGAUAAAUUACCCAACUGUAGACAUAGGAGAUGAACGUUUGCGUAUUGCACCCACACCGCAUCAUACAGAUAAACUAACUGAAGAACUAGUGGAUUCUUUAUGUAUGGUAUGGAAAAAAUACAAUUUACCUUUGAAUGUUGAAUCAGCAAGAAAAAUCACCCGACAAGCUGGUUAACAUUGAAGAUAAACAAAUUAUUAAUAUUAUUUGAUUGUUAGUUUAAAGUAGGUGAUCAAACACAAAUUCGAUUGUUUAGUUUUAUUUAUUUCUUCACCAGUCAUUUUCAGUCAUGUAAAAGAAUGUCUACUUAAUUUGAAUAAAAUGUUAGUUUAACAAUUAA